UGGAGAACACCACCACUAGGCCAAAAAUGGGACCCAAAAUUAAGACAAAACAUGAGUGUUCCGCGAAAACGGCAUCGCAUGUUGUCAAUACAAAAAAAAUCAUAAUAAAAAAAAAAAAAAAAUCAACACCUUGGACAAGUAAAGAAAAGAAUAACGUUGGUGUCAGGUGUUCCCUCUCCAGUUAUAGCCGUUUUCUUUAGCUUCUUUCUCUCAAAAAACAUAGUUGAUACCAUUACCUUUCUUUUCCUCUUUUCUUGCUUUUUAUUGCUCUCUCUCUCUCCUUAUAUACUAAAUACGUAAUGGCAUACAUUUGUUAUUCACUGUACUUUUAGUAGAGAGAGAAAAGAACCCGGAAGUCUUGAUCAUCAUUAGAGACAACUUAGAGAGCGAUUUGAGAGAAAGAGAAUAUAAAGAUCGAAUUGAAAACCAAGUAGAAAAAGAAAUAAAAAAGGAGGCAACUUGUUCGUUUUUUUUGUUUUUUCUUUUCCUUGGUUGGCGAUUGAUUCAAUAAUGGGAUCAUCUUCAGGUCAAGGCGGUACUGGUGGUUAUGAUCUUUCGUUCAAGAUCUUGUUGAUCGGUGAUUCUGGUGUUGGUAAAAGUAGUCUUCUUGUUAGUUUUAUUUCAAGCUCUGUCGAGGAUCUUGCUCCCACUAUUGGUGUGGAUUUUAAGAUCAAGCAGCUAACAGUAGAUGGGAAGCGAUUGAAGCUGACAAUUUGGGAUACUGCUGGACAAGAGAGAUUCAGAACAUUAACAAGCUCUUACUACAGAAAUGCACAAGGAAUCAUUCUUGUUUAUGAUGUGACACGGAGAGAAACUUUCACAAACUUGUCAGAUGUGUGGGCUAAAGAAGUUGACCUCUACUGCACGAAUAAGGACUGUGUAAAGAUGCUUGUUGGAAAUAAACUUGAUAUUGACUCAGAAAGGGCUGUUAGUAGAGAAGAGGGAAUGGCUCUUGCUAAAGAGCAUGGAUGUGCAUUUCUUGAAUGUAGUGCUAAAACAAGAGAAAAUGUGGAGAAAUGUUUUGAAGAGCUGGCACUCAAGAUAAUGGAGGUUCCUAGUCUUUUGGAAGAAGGGUCCACUGCAGUGAAGAAAAAAAUUUUAAAUCAGAAACAAGAAAAUCAAGCACCUCCUUCUAGAGCUAACACCGGUUGUUGUUCUUAAUAAGCUGCAACAAGGAGGCCUUUACUUGGAAAAAUGACUUCAUUGUUCCUAAAAGGCCACAAAUAGCAAUGCAGAUGGAAUGUACAAUGAGCUUCCCCUUAACACCUCGUGAACAGAUCAUGUAUAUGAUAAUUGCUUGCCUUGUUGCCUACUGUGUUCUUUCUACAGCUUCUGUUAUCGUCGAGUUGCCUUGGUCGCUUGUAUCAUCAUCAUUCUGGUAAAACAGGCACUCAAACAGCCAUCUAUUAGCUUUGUGUAUAUCUGUUUGCCUUUGUUUUUGUUGGCCAAUAUUCACUCAUGUCAGAGAAACAAAAAUUUACUGUAUUUUAUUGAUCAAGUUAAUGCGAGGUUUAUUAUUUUUCAUA